GCGCCUUCUUAUUUCUCAUCUGCGUCAGACCUCCUUACAGCGGGAUGCAGCUGGUGUUUCUGCUGUAGGGGAAAAUUUGAAAGCCGCUUUGACGGUCCUGAAUUCUUUUGUUCAUUUAAGUUCUUUCUUCUAAGUUUGUUUUAACAUUAUAUGCUAAUUGAAUUAAUUAGACUUCCCAUCUGGGUUGUUUCAAAGUUUAUUUUGUGCAUUUUUUUGCUUUCUAUGUUGGACGCUUUGGCACACUUUUUCUAUCCCAAAUUACUUCUAUAAGCUGCUUUCACUUCAGGGUUUACAGUACUUGAACUAUUAAUACCCUUUGCGUCACAUUUUUUCGUAAAAGGACUGCACUUAACUUUUCUACUUCCUAAAAGACGGCAACUCCAAACUAACAUGGCAGUCAGACUGUGUGAUGUGGCUACUCUGCUUAGAAGUGGUUCGUGGGCUGCAGAGCCUUGGACUGGGCAGGUAAUUGCUGCCAUGGAAACACAACUGUCCAAUGGUCCAACUUGUAAUAAUACAACAAAUGGUCCUUCAAACACCAACACUGGUACAAACAACUGCUCAUCACCUGUUGACAGUAACACCAUGCCAGAGGACAGCAAAACCAACUUAAUAGUCAACUACUUGCCUCAAAACAUGACGCAAGAGGAGCUUAAAAGCCUGUUUGGCAGCAUUGGUGAAAUAGAAUCCUGCAAACUAGUACGGGACAAAAUAACAGGUCAGAGCCUUGGUUAUGGGUUUGUAAAUUAUGUGGAUCCGAAGGAUGCUGAAAAAGCCAUCAAUACAUUAAAUGGUCUCAGACUCCAAACCAAAACAAUCAAGGUUUCUUAUGCCCGCCCCAGUUCUGCCUCCAUCAGAGAUGCAAAUUUGUAUGUCAGUGGGCUCCCAAAAACGAUGUCCCAAAAGGAACUGGAGCAGCUUUUCACUCAAUAUGGACGUAUAAUUACCUCAAGGAUUCUUGUGGACCAGGUUACUGGAGUGUCCAGGGGCGUUGGCUUCAUUCGGUUUGACAAAAGAGUGGAAGCAGAGGAAGCAAUCAAAGGUUUAAAUGGGCAGAAGCCUCCAAAUGCCACAGAACCAAUCACUGUCAAAUUCGCCAAUAAUCCAAGUCAGAAAACCAACCAGGCAAUCCUCUCUCAGCUGUACCAAUCUCCAAAUAGACGAUAUCCAGGGCCGCUCCAUCAUCAGGCACAAAGGUUAAGGUUGGACAAUCUUCUAAAUAUGGCUUAUGGUGUCAAGAGGUUUUCACCAAUGACCAUUGAUGGAAUGACCAGUUUGGCAGGCAUCAAUAUCCCUGGGCAUGCUGGAACAGGCUGGUGUAUCUUUGUUUACAAUUUAGCACCUGAUGCAGAUGAGAGUAUUCUUUGGCAAAUGUUUGGACCAUUUGGUGCAGUGACCAAUGUGAAAGUCAUCCGUGACUUUAACACAAACAAGUGUAAAGGCUUUGGAUUUGUGACUAUGACCAACUAUGAUGAAGCAGCCAUGGCAAUAGCCAGUUUAAAUGGAUACCGUCUAGGGGACAGAGUACUGCAGGUCUCCUUCAAAACCAACAAAACGCACAAAGCCUAAUAUGUAACAUAACUGUUAUAUAGCUAUUCAAAAAGACAUGUUAAAGCAAAACUUUAUAUACUAGUGCAAAGACUUUGUAAGUCAGUGUUAAGAGAGAAGAAUGACUAUUUAGCAUCCUAAGAAUGAGAGGGUUUUAUAUUGCUGGUAACUUUGCAUUAAAUCUUCUUUCAUAGCUUUUAUGUUUUGAAAAUAAGACAAGAGGUGCGGGUUUUUUUUACCUGUCACAAAACAUUCUAGUACCUCCUUUGAAGGAGGUGGACCUUUUAAAAAGAAACUGUUUCAGCUGAAGGAAGAAAGACUCCUAGAUUUUUACACAACUGCCUUGAAACAGAACAUAAAGUGAAUUUGUGAGGCUUUGUUUCUUUUUCCUUUUUUAAAAGAAAAUAUAUUUUGGUCAAGUAUUUGAUUUGCCUUUAAAUUCAUUGCAUUUAAGUGAUCAGUUUCAAAAUGUUGGUUUACAUUUUGUUUUCUUUAUUUACAUGUUAAGUAAAGUUUUAUUUUGAUAAGAUUUUGGAUUGGGAAAGGGUGGGCUGCAAUUAUACCUUAUUGUAAGUUUCUUGGAAAAUCUUUUUUUUUUCAUAACACAGUACCUUGCCAAAGAGAGAGAGCCUCUUUGCUGAAGUGGGUUUAAAAAAAAGCAUCUAUUUUUAUAAAAGAAAUUUGGAGAAACUUUUUACAGGACCUGGAACAAAUAUUUUGACUUGGUUACUUUGAGAAUCUCUUCAUACGACAUCUAGUGAGCUUUUGAAAAAUUAAAACCAGGAAAUUUCCAGUGGCUGGCAUUUAUUGGAAAGUCUUGUGAUGUAGAGAUUAUCUUGAAGACCUUUGUAUUACCAAGAUGUAGAACCAGUGGGCACUGUGGGUUUCGUUUGUAUAAUCAGUGGAUCAUCCUGGUUAUUUGUGGCAAAAAGGCUCACAUUUAAUUGUGAUUUCAAGAAUUAAAAAGAGGCUUAACAUUGAGACAGUGCAUGCAAAUAUCAAUUAUUGAAAAUUGGGGGAAAUGUGUUCUUCCUGAAAGUAUUCCCUUCUGUUAAAGCUCAAGGUGUUUAGUGAUGUACACUCUCCUGCUGUAUUGUCCGUGCUGGAAUUGGGUGGAAAAAUGAUUUGGAGUUGCUUUGAAAUACAAAUUUCAAGGUGAUCGGAAUAAAUUUGGAAAAUGCAAAAGUAUAAUAGACUGCACCUGAGCAUUGUGUAAUGUAAAUAAGUCCUUGUGUUAUGGACCUUUUCUGCUUUUUGUUUUUUGACUACAUGCCAAGUGCUGUUAAAAGAACCUGAAUGCUUUGUAUGUUUUUUGUUUCUUGUAGACUGCAUUAACAUUACUUGAAGUUUACUUGUUUUGUUGUCCUAAUGACCAGAAUUGCAGUGCAUCAGAUUUGUUUGUUGUUGGUCUGUAGAUAGUCUUGUUGCAGCUCUUUAAAACUAUAGUGACACUGCUUUUGUUAUAUAUGCAUUUGUGGUACAAUGGGUAAAGCCACAGUUUGAACAAAUAUGCUUACAUUUUCAUACUAAAAAGGAAGAUAUCCUGUUGAAAUGUUAAAGUAAAUUUGCAAUUAAUGCUUAAAUCACUAUGGGGAGAUAUAGCAGUUCUUUAUCAUAACAGGAAUAAAUUUGAAAAACUCUAUUUUCAGAGAAGCAUCUAGCUUAACUUAUUCUUCUAAGAACAAAUUGGUUGUGGAAUUGCAGUCCUCGACCAGGUGCACUGAUAACUGUAGUUAAAUGUCCUGCUUUGUGUAAACUGAAAUGCUCAUGUGCUCUUCCCCUUAGAACAAGCAAUGUGCUAUGCAUAACAUAGUUGUACAUUUAUCUUUGCUAUUGCUUUUGAAUACUGUAGUUAUAAAUUCUCAGCCUAGUUGAAGUACAUAUACUGUGAAGCACGUAGAAGUGUACACCCAUGUUUUCAUGCUAACCCACUCGCUGCUGUCAUCUAGAACUAAUCUUUUAGGCCUUGCACGAAAAAGGGUCGUGAGCCCAAGUGCAACUUUUCAAACAGACAUUGUUAAAUGUCGAGGCCUGUCGUGAACACGAAUAUGAAUUAAUAGUCUAGUCAAGUACAGCAACCUUAGUGGGAAAGCAUGUAAAUUGGUCUUCACUUUACGAUGUUUAUCAUAGCACUUAAUAAAAUGUAAGUCUGUAUUUAUUUGAAGUUGUAAAGUAUGACUAAAUUUACAUCGGUUGAAUAGAAUGUAUGUUCUUUUGAGUAUUUAAGAGGCUGUACAUGUUUCUUUCCUUAUAUUGUGUUUGGAUCAUUUGUACCUUUUCAUGUUCAGUACAUCAAUAAACAAAAGUUGAAGGGAAAUAAA